GGAAGGCGCUUCGUCGCUUCAUUUUUUACGUCAAUUAAUAAUUUCGGUUGUAAAUGCAAGUUCAAGACAUCAUAAAAUAAAUGGUGCCAGUUGUAGUGCAUUCUAAAUUUCACGUUGUUAUCAAAAAAUUUCGUAAACAUUUAAAGAAACCUCUAACAACAUCGCGACUCAACUUAAGAGAUAACGGAACUGCAUAAAAUCGAUUUGCAUAUUGUUACAUUUUAGCAGAGCGCGUGACAAUUUAGCGGCUUUUAUGUCAUUAUUAAUAUGAAAUUGGAUGAAAUUGUUGCAUGGUACCAGAAGAAAAUCGGCACGUAUGACAAGCAAGAAUGGGAGAAGACUGUCGAGCAGCGCAUUUUGGAUGGCUUCAAUAGCGUCAACUUGAAGAACACCAAACUUAAAACUGAGCUUAUUGAUGUCGAUCUAGUGCGAGGUUCCACAUUUCCCAAGGCCAAGCCGAAGCAAACACUACUUACCGUUAUUCGCUUGGCCAUACUGCGUUACCUGCUGUUGCCGUUAUAUGCACAAUGGUGGGUCAAGCAGACCACACCCAAUGCCUUUGGCUUAAUACUUUGUCUUUACAUCACGCAAUUAAUUAAUUGGGGCAUCUACGUCAUAAACAGUGAUCAUAUCGCGCCACUAGUAUACGACUCGAAUCCAAAUGUAACUCUAGUUGAAGCUGAUGCAGGCGAUAAGCCGCAUCCGGAAGAGAAUGUCGAUUUGCUUAGCGCACUGCUCAUACCCUGUGCUUUAAGUCUGUUGAUUAGCUUAAUACACUCGCAGAUUGUGGCAACGAAUUCAUCGUCUGGCAGCAACAACAAAAACAAAUUGCGUAAAUUCUCUCUAAGCAGCUACAAUGAUAAACCAAAUGCACCCAGAGAGCAGCGGCUGCGUCGACGCAAAAAGUUUGUACGCAUACGACAACCCGAGACGGAAGUAUCGCAAGCAGGCGGCAGUCAUGGAAUUAGUGCACGACGUGCAAAGCUAAAUCAUUUAAACCAGGAGCCCAGUACAUCCAGCAACAACAUGGAGGCCAGCAAGCUAAACUGCUGCAAUUGCUCGCCCACAUCCAGUGAGGAGACUUUCCAAAGCACAACUGCCAUUACCAUGCAACACCAAGCUGCGGCGGCUGAUAGCACAACUCAUGCAGAACCGCUCUAUGAUCUCAGACAACUAGCCGGCCAGCGAGCGCCCGAAAGUCCACACAAGAAGCGCAAUGUCAACUGGCAUACGCCCAUACAAAUUUGUGCCACAUUCGAUCAGAAUGAGAUGCCCACUUCCAGCAAUGAGAUGCACAAUCUAGCAGCGCCACCAGCCUAUCAUGUGCGUCGCAGUCUGGGCGAGGACGAUGGAUUUGAAAGCCUAAAUGGUAAAAGUUCCAGUGGAGAGGACAACAACCUAUCACCAAAUGUCGACGGCAACACCAACGCACCUACAACAGUCAACACGCCGCCCUCGACGCUGCGUCUGCGUCUCAAUGUAAACAGCAGCAGUGGCAACAACGCUAAUACCAGCAGCAAUUUGACAGCCAAUGAGAAAGCGUCUCGCGAGACGUCCAGCAGCUGUGCCGAGUCGGAUGAGUGCGAUGACGCGGAUAUUAUCUCAAGUCCAGCUUCAGCAGGCACGCAGGAGUGCAAUACUUCAGCCACAGAUUGGUUGGGCGUCACCACAAACAGUGAGGAUUGCAGCUAUACUUCCGAACUGGAACAAUCUGAUGGCGGCUUUAAGCAUACGCCCGGCAGCGAUGAGGAGCUACCCGAGCUGGAUAUAACACCCACAACUAUAUUGAAUCCACACAGCAGCUUAGAUCGCAUUAGCUGUACCAUUUGGGAUCAGCGCGAUACCAAAAAAGCGCAAAUGUCUGUUUUAGAGAUUGCUUCCUGCAUAAUUGAACGCGUUGAUUCGCUGGGCGUAACCAACGAUUACAUCUACAUUGGCGUUGUCUUCUCAGUAUUGCUUACUCUCAUACCAAUAUUUUGUCGGCUCUGCGAGAUUACAAUUGAUGCGGACAAGUCCAGUGAGCUGAGCUAUUUCUACAUACCGCAGCUAUUAUGGGAAAAGUCUUCUGCAUCCAUUUUUACGCUCAUGGGUUUGGCCUUCGGACAAGCGCAAUGGGAACGCACCGUUUUGGUUUUGGGCUUUGUGCAGCGUUUAUGCUUAACGCUCAUAUUGUUUAUCAUAUUUGCCGUAGCAGAGCGCACAUUUAAGCAGCGUUUUCUGUACGCCAAGCUCUUCUCUCAUCUCACUUCAUCACGACGUGCGCGCAAAUCGAGUCUACCACACUUUCGUCUCAAUAAAGUGCGCAACAUUAAGACCUGGCUAAGUGUGCGCUCUUAUUUAAAGAAACGCGGACCUCAACGUUCAGUGGAUAUUAUUGUAUCGGCCGCAUUUAUUGUCACUUUGCUGCUUUUGGCUUUUCUGAGCGUUGAGUGGCUGAAGGAUUCGGUGCAUUUGCACACACAUUUAACUUUGGAAGCGCUCAUCUGGUCUAUUACCAUUGGCAUCUAUUUGCUGCGCUUCAUGACGCUGGGUCAAAAGAUUCAACAUAAAUAUCGCAGCGUUUCGGUGCUUAUAACCGAGCAAAUUAAUUUAUAUUUGCAAAUUGAGCAAAAACCUAAAAAGAAGGAGGAAUUAAUGGUCUCAAAUAGUGUACUAAAGCUGGCAGCUGAUCUGUUGAAGGAACUCGAAACGCCAUUCAAGAUCUCUGGUCUCAGUGCCAAUCCAUAUCUGUUCACAACCAUCAAAGUAGUUAUACUAUCCGCGCUGUCGGGCGUGCUUAGUGAGGUGCUGGGCUUCAAAUUGAAGCUACACAAAAUUAAAAUUAAGUAAGCCAAAUUUGAAAGACCGCAAGAGAUGUCGAACGAUCAUUUCUAACAAGGGCAAGUGUUAUAUUUUUGUAGUACAAUUUUUGGAAUGCUUUAAGAAGAAAUCUACAACAUCUAAAUUAUACACAAAUAGUUCAUAAAUAUAUAUGUAUACACAUCUAUAAACUAAUUGUAUUAGGAAUAAAUUUUAAGCAAGCCAAUGUUUAUGUUUGUCAUGUGAUUGUUUAGCAGCGUUACUACCUAUAUUAU